CUCGCGGCCAUGGAGAAGGCGCGGCCGCUGUGGGCCAACCCGCUGCAGUUCGUCUUCGCCUGCAUCUCGUACGCCGUGGGCCUGGGCAACGUGUGGCGCUUCCCCUACCUGUGCCAGAUGUACGGCGGAGGGAGCUUCCUGGUGCCCUACAUCAUCAUGCUGAUUGUAGAGGGCAUGCCUCUCCUGUACCUGGAACUGGCAGUGGGGCAGCGCAUGCGGCAGGGCAGCAUCGGUGCCUGGAGGACCAUCAGCCCCUACCUUGGUGGUGUUGGCCUGGCCAGCAUGGUGGUGUCCUUCUUCCUGUCCACGUACUACAACAUCAUCAACGCCUGGGCCUUCUGGUACCUCUUCCACUCCUUCCAGGAUCCCCUGCCGUGGUCCGUGUGCCCGCUGAAUGACAACCACACGGGCUAUGACCAGGAGUGUGAGAAGGCAUCCUCCACGCAGUACUUCUGGUACAGGAAAACCCUCAACAUCUCCCCGUCCAUCCAGGACAGUGGGCGCGUGCAAUGGGAGCCGGCGCUCUGCCUCAUCCUGGCCUGGCUGGUGGUGUACCUGUGCAUCCUGCGGGGCACCGAGUCCACCGGCAAGGUGGUAUACUUCACCGCGUUGCUGCCUUACUGUGUGCUCGUCAUCUACCUGGUCAGGGGCCUCACGCUCCACGGAGCCACCAACGGCCUGGCGUACAUGUUCACGCCCAAGCUAGAGCAGCUGGCCAACCCCAAGGCCUGGAUCAACGCAGCCACGCAGAUCUUCUUCUCCCUGGGCCUGGGCUUCGGCAGCCUGAUCGCCUUCGCCAGCUACAACGAGCCGUCCAACAACUGCCAGAAGCACGCCAUCAUCGUGUCCCUCAUCAACAGCUCCACCUCCGUCUUCGCCAGCAUCGUGACCUUCUCCAUCUACGGCUUCAAGGCCACCUUCAACUAUGAGAGCUGCUUGAACAAGGUGAUUCUGCUGCUGACCAAUUCUUUUGACCUGGAAGAUGGCUUUCUGACAGCCAGCAACCUGGAGCAGGUGAAGAGCUACCUAGAGUCCACCUUCCCCGGCAAAUACAGCGAGGUGCUCCCGCAAAUGAAAAACUGCAGCUUGCAAUCAGAGCUGGCCACGGCGGUCCAGGGCACUGGCCUGUCUUUCAUCGUCUAUACCGAGGCCAUUAAAAACAUGGAGGUGUCCCAGCUGUGGUCUGCGCUCUACUUCUUCAUGCUGCUGAUGCUGGGCAUUGGGAGCAUGCUGGGGAACACGGCGGCCAUCCUCACGCCUCUGACUGACAACAAGGUCAUCUCCAGCCACCUGCCCAAGGAGGCCAUCUCCGGUCUGGUGUGCUUCGUCAACUGUGUCAUCGGCCUGGUGUUCACCAUGGAGGCCGGCAACUACUGGUUCGACAUAUUUAAUGAAUACGCUGCCACACUGUCCCUGCUGCUCAUCGUCCUGGUGGAGACCAUCGCCGUGUGUUACGUGUACGGGCUGCGGAGAUUUGAAAGUGACCUCAAGGCCAUGACUGGCCGCGCCCUGAACUGGUACUGGAAGGCCAUGUGGGCCGGCGUGAGCCCGCUGCUCAUCAUCAGCCUCUUUGUCUUCUACCUGAGUGACUACAUCCUCACGGGGACCCUGCAGUACCAAGCCUGGGACGCCGCCCAGGGUCAGCUUGUGACCAAGGAUUACCCCCCAUACGCCCUGGCCGUCAUCGGGCUGCUGGUGGCCUCCUCCAUCAUGUGCAUCCCCCUGGUGGCCCUGGGGACUUUCAUCAUGCGCUGCCUCAAGAGGGGGGACACGCCCCCCGUGGCCUGA